UCUGAGAUUCUAUUUCUAUCCUUUUGGUUGGUUGCAGAAGAAAAGGAGAGCAUAUUCUCCAAUCACCGCAGAAGUUGUUGCAGUAGGCAGACGUGGUGCGCCUGAUUCAGACUGAGUCCCCGAACGAAUGGGCCAUGGAAGUUCGACGCACGGAAGCCCGGAGGAAUCAGCAGACGCUUCUGGUUCUGCGCCUGCGUCCAGAAUUCGAAGGCUACGUGAUCGCCUCCACCUGCACCGUCCUCAUUUUCGGCGCUACCGCCGCGGCUCCAAGCUCGACCCCCGCGUCGCUAAGCUGCUGAAGGAAGAAGACUUCGCCGGAAUCGCGCUUCUUCGUCUAGUCCGCGCGGAGAUGAAAUUCAGGGACAAAUGGCUCGCUUGCGUUUCUCUAGGUGAACAGACUUUCCGCACCGCCAUUUCUGAUCACACCGACCAACCCGGUUGGAAUUCUGAGAAAAAGCUUCUUUUGGAAAGAAAUGGUGCUCAUGUUGUAAGAAUAAGUGUAUUUGAGACUAACAGAUUGUCAAAAAACAAUCUUAUUGGCUAUUGUGAGAUCGACCUAUAUGAUUUUCUUACAAGGGAUUCCGAUUCUGAUGAGGAGCCAUUUGACCUAUUAGAUCCAACCUCUACCAGAGGAGUCGUUGGGCGUAUAUAUGUGUCUUGUUCUAUUGAGGAUCCGAUGGAAACAGAAAAGCGUUUUGCAAGGCGCAUUUUGACUUUAAUGGACUACGAUGAAAAUGGAACUCUUUCUUAUGCUGAAUUCUCUGACUUAAUCGAUGCAUUUGGCAAUGUACUGGCUGCCAACAAGAAAGAGGAACUUUUCAAAGCUGCCGAUGAGAAUGGGGAUGGUGUUGUCAGCAUGGAUGAGCUGGCUAUGCUUCUCGCUGUUCAACAAGAAAAGGAACCUCUCAUUAACUGCUGUCCUGUCUGUGGAGAGAUUCUUCAAAUUUCAGAUAAGUUGAACACGGUGAUUCAUUUGACCCUGUGUUUCGAUGAAGGGACCGGAAAUGAGGUUAUGACUGGUGGAUUCUUGACUGAUAAGCAGGCUUCAAAUGGGUGGAUGUUCAAAGUAAGUGAAUGGGCUCACUUUUCUUCCUAUGAAGUUGGAUUGAGGUCAGGAUCAAGUGCUUCACAUAUUCUGGUUUUUGACCGAAGAACAAUGAGAAUUGUGGAGGAAAUAAUAGAUUCCAAGAUUAUUUUGUCCAUGAGGGCCAUUUAUCAAUCUAAAUUCGGACUCGGCCUUAUGGACAAAGGUGCGAAAGAACUGUUGCAAAGCAUUUCAGAAAAACAGGGCAAGAAAAUGAAUUCUCCUGAAUCUGCCGAGAAUAUUCCAAAAUUCAUUGAUAUGUUCAAGGAUCAAAUAAACUUGUCUGAGAUCAAAUACCCUUUAGAAGAAUUCAAGACAUUCAAUGAAUUUUUCAUAAGAGAGUUAAAACCAGGGGCCAGACCAAUUGCGAGCAUUGAACAUGACGAUGUUGCAGUAUGUGGUGCUGAUAGUCGAUUGACUGCAUUCGAAACUGCUGAAGAUUCUAUGAGAUUUUGGAUUAAGGGUCGAAAAUUUUCAGUGCAAGGACUUUUGGGCAAUGAGAUAUGCUCCGAUGCCUUCGUUAAUGGAAGUAUAGUUAUCUUUCGGUUGGCUCCACAGGACUAUCACCGAUUCCAUGUUCCUGUUUCUGGCGUUGUCGAGAAAUUUUUGGAGAUACCCGGAUGCUUAUACACGGUCAACCCGAUCGCUGUAAAUAGCAAGUACUGCAAUGUGUUCACCGAAAAUAAGCGCGUUGUCUCAGUGAUAUCAACUAAAGAAUUCGGAAAGGUCGCAUUUGUUGCCAUUGGGGCGACCAUGGUCGGGAGCAUCUCGUUCUUGAAGAAAGAGGGUGAUUAUGUCAAGAAAGGAGACGAGUUUGGAUAUUUCUCGUUUGGAGGCAGCACGGUCAUUUGUGUCUUUGAAAAGGGCGCAAUCAAGAUAGACGACGACCUCUUGAAUAACAGCGCAAGACCGAUAGAAACAUUAGUAUGUGUUGGGAUGACAUUAGGCGUCGCCAUUAAGAAACACCAACUGUAAAUCCUACAGCUGAACACCUCAAGAAUCAUGACUUUUUCGACUCUGUACCUCAGCAUUCCCGUCUAUGAACCGAUAAUAAAUUCACCGUUCAAAAGAUAUGCAUAUUUGCUAUUA